CCUUAUUCUGUAUCUGAGAGUGAGCGGCGCUAUGGCUGAGGAAAAGAAGGGUCAAGUUGCCAAGAAGGGCGCGAAGAAAACGGUGAAGAGGGCGCCAGCGAAGGGCGGUAAGAAGAGGAGGCGGUCCAGGAAAGAAAGUUACUCCAUCUACAUCUACAAAGUGAUGAAGCAGGUUCACCCCGACACCGGCAUCUCCUCCAAGGCCAUGAGCAUCAUGAACUCGUUCGUCAACGAUAUUUUCGAGCGCAUCGCGGGGGAGGCUUCCCGCCUGGCCCAUUACAACAAGCGCAGCACCAUCAGCUCCCGGGAG